AUGUCGUCAACACGGCAAUUCUCCACCCAAAAGGUGUUGACGUCUGCUCUUGCUGCUGCCUCAUGCUGGGGCGGCGGCCAUGCGUCCAAAUGCAUCCCUCGCGGCAAUCCUUUCGACGUCAUCGACCCCCAGAACUGGGUCAACCCCGACCGCAUGACCUGGGAUGACUUCAAGGCACCUCCGGGGACGAGCUGGAGCGAUCCCUCUCGCAAGGGCUCCAGCCGGAACUUCAACAUUGCCCUUGUAACUGUCGACUACGAGGACAAGUCGUUUGCGAUCACAGGUCCGCCGAACUCGACCAUAUAUGGCAACCCCCAGCCAGCCGCGGCCAACAUUCCACGCGAAAAGGUCCCUGCCUUCUAUCGGGACCUGCUCAAUAAGCCCAACGAGCUCAACAAGGGCCACACGCUUCACGAGUACUGGAUGGAGGACUCUGCUGGCAAAUUUGGAGUCGAUCUGACCGUCUUUGGUGCCUACCGCAUGCCCUCCAAAUCGUACCAGUACGGCAUCGACGAUGGGAUGAACCCCGGCGCGUGCCCGUCUGGGACCACCUGCAACUUCGACAUCAGAGACGACAGUCUCGGUGCUUGGCGCAAGGAUGUAGGAGAUGAAGUGGCAGAUUCGUUCGAGCUUGUCUUCAUUCUGUCCGCCGGGCAAGACGAGUCAGCUAGCUGGCAAGAGUUUGGCGAGAUGAAGUUUGCCACCAAGGAGGAUGUUCCCGCAGCAUUCGGGCCACCAGCCGGCGCCAAUGACUCGGCCGUCAACUACGCUUCCACGAGAUACGUCGAGUGGACCUCUUGGGCCGCAGCGUCCAACAUUUGGCCCAAUGCUGGUGGCGGCUCCUCGACCCAAUGCGAGAGCUCUGGCAUGGGCGUCUACGCACACGAGCUCAGCCAUCUGCUUAACAUUGGCGACAACUACAACAACCCUUACGGUACGCCGCUGCGUCGCGCUUACACUGGCCCGUGGUCGAUGUUGUCCCGCGGCUCGUUCAACGGUCCCGGCGGGCCGCACUCGAGAUGGCAAAUCCCGGCGCUGCAGGGAAGCUCAAUGGGCUCGCUUCACACAAUGCGCGACAAGCUGCAGCUGGGACUGGUAGCCAAUUCCAGCGUGCUGAGAAUCUCUCGAACUGGGCUCGCCGGCUCUGGACCGGUUGUUGCGCGCAUCACAGCACGUGCCGUCAAAGCAGACCUUAUGGGCCUCCGCGUUGAGAUGGGCAACGACCUUGCCCCUGCUUGCGAUAUCGCCAAGGAUGUCCUCUGCGAUGGUGGUGGCUACAACAACUACGAGAUGGAGAUCGUGGACCGCAUGGGCGCCGACUCGUUCCAGCCAGAUGCAGGCGUCAUGAUCAGCAAGACCAAGACCGUCGCCAGACAGCCGUUCCAAUGGACCAUCGACGCGAACCCUCAGGACAUCAAUCUGGUUGACUUUAUCCGACCAAACGGGACGAAGGCAAUGGCGACCAUGGGCGACUACCGCCAAUUGGCGGACGCGCUGUUCCACGCUGGAACACGCUCUGGCAGUGAAUUCGAGUACAUCGACAAGGCAAAUGUUCUCCACAUGUACGUGUUGAAGAAGCAUCGCGACAAGACGGGUGUUCUCUCCUACACUGUCGGUGUGCGAUCCCUGAACGGCACGGAUGCGAGCGAACAUGGCGCCAAGCUGUCACCAGGCAAGGUCGCUGGCGGCAAGAACAAGGUCACUGACAAGGGCGUCUUCUGCUCAUUUGACCUCACCAACAACGGCACAUACGUCGCUGGAGGAUCCCAUCCCCAGGAUCUGACUCCGUACCUAGGCACAGAUAUUUACCGCCUCCAGGCCGAGGUAAAGGGUUCUGGCUGGCGAGUCGAGCUGCCCAAUGCGCUUGCCUUUGCAAAGUACGGCGAGACCACCAGCGUCCACGUCGCGGUCGGUGCGUCAGCUCACGCCGACAAGGUUGGCAAAGUGACGCUGGUGGCCACGUCGGAGUCGGACAAGAAGGUGCGGGCGACCGCCGAGUGCCAGGUGAAGAGGGAUUGA